AUGGCAAAUAUGCUUGAUGCGGCAGAGGUCGCUAAACACAAUACCCGCGAAAGUUGUUGGGUAAUUCUGUACGGCAAGGUCUACGAUGUGACUGAUUUCCUAUCCAGCCACCCCGGAGGCGCGAAAAUUAUCCUGAAGCUAGCUGGCACCGAUGCCACCGAAGAAUAUGACCCAAUUCACCCCCCGGGAAUUCUGGAAGAGGAACUCAAGCCCGAGGCAUGCCUGGGAACCGUUGACCCCAGCACAUUGCCCAAGGAAGAACCAGCACAGGAACAACAGGAAGCGGCCCAGGGUCCUCCACCAGUGGAAUCCCUACUCAAUCUGGAUGAGAUCGAAGAAGUGGCCACGAAGCAAGUAAGCCAGAAGGCCUGGGCUUACUAUUCGUCGGCAUCCGACGACAAGUUCUCCAAACAAUUCAACAAUCGGAUCUAUCAGUCGAUCCUUCUACGCCCUCGAGUUUUCGUGGACUGUACCCGCUGUGAGCUGGAGACGUCGGUCCUAGGCCACAAGCUGGGGCUACCCAUAUUUGUUGCUCCAGCAGCCAUGGCCCGUCUCGGCCACCCUGCCGGAGAGGCGGGCAUGGCAGAGGCGUGCCGCAGCUUCGGUGCCAUGCAGAUCAUCUCGAACAAUGCUUCCAUGACACCGGAACAGAUCGUCAAGGACGCCGCCCCGGAUCAGGUCUUUGGCUGGCAGCUGUACGUUCAGAUCGACCGGGAAAAGAGUGAGGCCAUGUUGGCGCGCAUCAACAAGUUGAAGGCGAUCAAGUUCAUCGUGCUUACUCUCGACGCACCGGUACCGGGUAAGCGUGAGGAUGAUGAGCGCAACAGCAUGGCCGGGGCGGCUGCUCCAGUGCCCAGCGGCGUGAAGGCAGCCGAGCGCACGGCAGACGGUACACCCGAUGUUGCCUCAGGUUCAGGGGGUGUCGGUCAGCAACUGUUCGCCGGUACAGACCCCUCCUUGCGUUGGCAGGAUACUCUGCCCUGGCUUGCCCAGCACACCGAUCUGCCCAUUGUUUUGAAGGGCCUACAGACCCAUGAAGAUGCUUAUCUGGCAUCCCUCCACACGCCCCAGGUCAAGGGAAUUAUACUGUCCAACCACGGUGGGCGUGCUCUGGAUACCGCUCCGCCUGCAGUGCACACACUGCUGGAGAUUCGAAAGUAUUGCCCCGAAGUCUUCGACAAGCUUGAGGUUUAUGUAGAUGGCGGUAUCCGCCGCGGUACAGAUGUUGUGAAGGCGCUCUGUCUUGGUGCCAAGGCUGUCGGUCUUGGGCGAGCUGCUCUUUGGGGCCUCGCGGCUGGUGGAGUUGAUGGCGUUCGUCGAACUCUGCAGAUUUUGGCAGACGAAAGCAAGACUUGUAUGCGGCUGCUGGGUGUCGAGUCUGUCGAUGCGCUCGGUCCCCAACAUAUUAAUACACGGAUGGCCGAGCAACAGAUUUACGACGGACCGUCAAAUCUUGAUUCCCUACGGCAGGCCUUUAAGGCGAGGCUCUAG